UUCAUGAAUUUUUUUUAUGUGACUUAACUAAUCCCUCGAUCUACGACAUGCCGCCGGAUGUACCUUCCUGCACGUCCAUGCAGGUCUACAUGUCUCAACUGGGAUAUGCGCCAUCUCGCUUGCGAGACUAUUUCCCAUCCCGGGAUCCCUCUCAUCCUUGCAGCCAAAAUCUGUCGUGGAACCACACUUCUCCAACAAUCUCUUCUUUGUCGCACAUUACAAGACCGUUGAUCGGCUCAUGAAGUUACAGAUCCUGCACUGUCACUUUAUACACCACUACCUGCGUACAGUUCGAAGCACCUGACCGACAUGACUCUCCAGAUCGGGCUCGCAUUCUGGACACUGCUGCUGUCGUGGACCUGCCUGAAGCUGGGACAGCUGGUCUACAAUGUCUUCUUCCAUCCCUUGCGCUUUUUUCCAGGGCCGAGAGCUGCGCAAGCUACUACCUGGUGGAAGACUUAUAUUGAGGUCGUCACACAAGAAUCUAUGGUCGAUGUUCUGAUCAGGUUGCACAAGGAGUUCGGUGAUAUCGUCCGAGUUGGUCCAAAUGAGCUUCACUUUUCCAAGCCAUCAGCCUAUCACGAGAUUUACAACGCCUCGGCAAGGUGGGACAAAGAAAAAACUUUGUACAAAGCAUUUGGCGAAGAUCACUCCUCCUUUGGGCUGCUCUCGUAUGCAGAGUCAAAGCCGCGUAAAGACAUUCUACAGCCCAUGUUUUCACGAAGAGCGAUUUUGGACAUUCAAGGGCUUGUGAGACAAAACUUUGAUCAUCUCGUGGAGGCCAUCACUAAGAAUGAUGCAGCUGGCAAGUCUGCCGACCUUCUUCUGGCAUUCCGAUGCUUCACCGUGGACACUAUUAUUGAUUUUUGCUUCGCUAAAUCGGUGAAUGCCAUGGACGAGCCGGACUUUAAAGCUCCUAUCGUGAAAGCUAUGGAUGCCUCUCUACCUACAUUCCACCUUUUCAAACAUUUUCCACUCUUCCGCAAGACUAUUUUCUCCCUUCCACCAUGGCUUGCAAUCAAGGCAUCACCACAGACUGCAGGCUUGACAAAUCUUCAAACAAUUCUUGGCAAGCAAGUACAAGACGUAACGACCAGCCCGGCCAGCCUCCGUGACACCCCUCAUCCGACAAUCUAUAAUCGCCUCUUGGCCCCCGAGUUCCAGAAUGGAGCACCCAUCCCAAAUUCCACGAGCCUCUAUGAAGAAGCUCAGACCAUGGUUUUCGCAGGUGGUGUCACUGUAGGCGAUACCCUUAUGACCGGCCACUUCCACGUAUUAGACCAACCCGAACUGUACGACAAACUCCGCACAGAAGUUUUGAGGGUUUGGCCUAACAUUGACGAUCCGCCUCCAUUCGAAGCUUUCGAGUGUCUCAAGCUAUUGACAGCCACUAUAAAAGAAUCUCUCCGCGUGUCACCAGGUGCCACCUCCCCACUCGUUCGUAUAGUUCCUUCCUCUGGUGCAAUCAUCUCGGGCAGGCCAAUCCCCGGCGGGACUAUCGUCGGUAUGGCCAGCACGUUUGUUCACCAAUCCGAGGAGAUCUUCGAGUCACCCGAAAUAUUCAACCCUUAUAGAUGGCUCUCAGCGGAGUCAAAAGGGUUGGACCAACAUCUUGUUGCGUUCAGCAGAGGUCCGAGAAGUUGUCUUGGUAUCAAUCUGGCCUGGUGCGAGUUGUACAUUGCUUUUGCUACUAUGCUUAUAAGGUUCGAUAUGAAGCUUGAUGGGACGAAGGUGGAAGAUCUGAAGUGGAGGGAUUGCUUUACGCCGUAUUAUCCAGGAAGGCAUUUGCACGUUUGGUGUAAGCCCGUGAAGGAGCAAUCUGUUCUGGGUUCUCAGCAGUGAUCUAGGACGGCCUACUUCCUCAUGCUGCGCUUCAUGUCACAUAGUUUAAGAUCUUGAGGCAUGACGUUUGGGAGAGAUUUACUUCCAGACACAGCAAUGAAAUUGAAGCGGAUGUAUGGUUUGCUACCCUGCUUCUCCAUGUCCCUCACUGUAUUGAACCUGGCAGUCGAACUUGAUUACCAUUCUAUCAGAGCCAUUGUCCGUCGAGAAUAAGUUAAGCCUGCUAGUUGACGGAGCUGGCGUUCGAGUAGGCAUAGGUUGAGCUGAAUCUUGUUCUGGGUUGAAGGAGCUGGUACUCACGUGACACAGCUUUGUUUUCAUUUAGCCGAACCGAACAACGUGAGCAGGCCCUUUAUAAAGGAUUGUUUGCGCAACAAUGGGAAAGCUUGAUUCCGAAAGACUUCUUUAUUGCGGCUCGCAAGCUGUACUCAAGAACAAGAUCGUCGCAGCCGAGUCAUUGUGUACAAUAUCCAAUGCUCUAGAACAACAUCACUUGUGACACUAUUUAAGUACGUGCAAUGAACUCUCGAUGGAGUUGCCGCAGAGCAGCAUCUUCUCAGUUUCCACGUGUUGAUCUACGCCACGGAAGAAACCACCACAAAUUGCCGUCUAUCUCCUCCACAGUACCGAUAAUCAGCAUUAGCGACGGUUAUUCAACAUGGAUAAGAAUCCUGACGCCCCUAGUCAGCGGCCUCCCACCCCGGAGAAUGAGAGGGUCCUAGUGAUCCAGCAUGACCCAGCCAAAUGGAACGGCCAUCGCUCAGUGUCAUCGCGUGGGCAGCUCAUGCGUGAUUUCAUAGAGCUGGGGUUCCCGUACGAGAGGGCGAAGGAUCUUGUAGAAGUGGAGUUUGCGGCUAGGACACCCUUUGUCAGACCACCAGGAGGUGGAGGGGUAUCUCAGGGGUCAGUCGCUGAUCCAUCGAGCGUCAGUAGAGGUCUUAUUCCUGCGCCAUCAAUCGAACCCUCAUAAUCGUUCCCCCUCUCCGGAUUUCGAUCCGCGACCACCGCCCUCUGAGAUGACCCUCGACAUGCUGCGUCAAGAACUGCGCGACGAAGGCAUAAG